GGCAGUCUUGAUUCAUCUCCAGAUACGUCACGACUCUGUCCAGCAGUGCUGCUCCAUUAAUUGAAAGCAGCCUACCUGAUCACACACGUUUGAGAGGAAACAUGGGGACAGAGAUGCUUUUCGUUGGAUUGUUUGCAGUUUCUGCAUUUCUUUGGCACGGUGCGUCUGGUUCAGACGGAGUGUCAGUGUCAGUGAUGGAGGGAGAUUCAGUCACUUUAAACACUGACGUUAAAACAAACCAACAAGAAAAGAUGAACUGGUAUUUUAAUGAUGCUCUCAUUGCUCGGAUCACUGGAAAUCUCAGUUAUUCCUGUACUGAUGUUCAGUGUAAUAAUGGCACUGAGAGAUUUAGAGACCGACUGAAGCUGGAUCAUCAGACUGGAUCUCUGAGCAUCAGGAACAUCACAAUCACAGACUCUGGACUUUACAAAUUAAUCCUCUUCAACAGUAACAACACUCACAGUCAGAAGAUCUUCAAUGUAACUCUUCAAGGUGUUUCUGCAGCUGAACGAGGUGAAAUAAGUGUGAAGGAGGGAGAAAAUGUUACUUUGGGUCCCGGUGUUAUAAAAAAACCAAUUGAUCCGAUGAGGUGGUAUUUCAAUGACACUCUCAUCGUUGAAAUCACUGAAGACCAGUGUAAGAUCUGGACCGAUGAACAGGGUCAUAGUAGUAAUGAGAGAUUCAGAGACCGACUGGAGGUGAAUCAGACUGGAUCUCUGACCAUCAAGAACAGCACAAACACAGACUCUGGAGUUUAUCAUCUACAGAUCAACAGCAGCAGAUUCAGCGUCAUCAGGAGCUUCAGUCUCACGGUCGCUGGGAGUGCAGUGCAACUUCCUGGCUUAUUCAAGAGGCAUAAUUUGAGGAAGAGGCUUUUAGGGCAAGUAUUACAAGCAUUAUAGUGAGAGGAAAUGACUGUCU